GCUACCGUCCCACGCCUCGUGUCCCCCCAAGAGUCCCCCAGGCCAUGGACGCGGUGCCUGUGUACCAUGGCAAAAUCAGCCGGGAGACGGGGGAGAAGCUCCUGCUUGCCACGGGUCUGGACGGCAGCUAUCUGCUGAGGGACAGCGAGAGCGUCCCAGGCGUGUACUGCCUCUGUGUGCUGUAUCAAGGUUACAUUUAUACAUACCGAGUGUCCCAGACAGAAACAGGUUCUUGGAGUGCUGAGACAGCACCUGGGGUACAUAAAAGAUUUUUCCGGAAAAUAAAAAAUCUCAUUUCAGCAUUUCAGAAGCCAGAUCAAGGUAUUGUAAUACCUUUGCAGUAUCCAGUUGAGAAGAAGCCCUCAGCCAGAAGUACACAAGGUGCUACAGGGAGAAGAGAAGAUCCUGAUGUCUUCCUGAAAGCACCAUGAAGAAAAAUAAAACACACCUGUACUUUAUUUUCAAUAAUUUAAAUAUAUGCUAAGUCAUAUAUAAUAGAUAAUACAGUUCAGUGA